AUGGCGUCCAGGCGCCUUCCCGCUACCCGCAGCCGGACAAACGCUGCGAACUCGAUUAUACCUCCCGCUCCCUCUACCAGUAGACCCCGCUCCGUUCUCGCAAAAUCGAACUCUUCACACCGUUCGGGCUUGACCACACCCAUCGAAGAACAACCUGCAGAGGUGCCACCCAUCCCAAAACCAUCGAGAACCCAGUCGCAAAGCCAGCCACAAGAACACUCGGAGACAAACAUACGUGUCGUGAUUCGCUGCCGGCGUCGCUCGGAACGCGAGAUCCAGGAAAACUCCCCCAUUAUCGUCACUACGAAUGGCCCUCGAGGCGACGACGUCACCAUCGAGGCGGCCGUCCCCGUAUCCAGCCUUGGAGUCGUCACACUCCCACCUACGCGUACGUACCCUUUUGACGCCGUUUUUGGUCCCGAGGCAGACCAAGCCCUCCUGUAUAACGACGUGGUGAACCCUAUGCUGGACGAGGUUCUUGCGGGUUACAACUGCACGCUGUUUGCUUAUGGACAAACUGGGACCGGAAAGACAUACACCAUGCAAGGUGAUCUUACAACUACACCAAUGGGAAACCCGUCUGCACACGCAGGCAUGAUUCCCCGUGUCCUAAUCCGUCUUUUCAAUCAGCUUGAAUCAUCACGCGCCGAUUACAGUGUCAAAAUAUCCUUUGUCGAGCUCUACAACGAGGAGCUACGUGAUCUUCUGGCCUCAGAACUUGCCGCACCUGUUGGAUCUACCCAACCAAUGGGCCUAGGCGCGUCCAAGGAAUCUUCGAGCCUGGGCAACCUGAAGAUAUUUGACGACGCCACCAAGAAAGGUGUUUUCAUUCAGGGUCUUGAGGAGGCAUGCGUCAAGGACGCCGCAGAUGCGCUUGCGCUGCUCACUAAGGGCAGUCAGCGUCGGCAGAUUGCGGCGACAAAGUUCAAUGACCAUUCCAGCCGUUCGCACUCCGUCUUCUCCGUGACGGUCCACACGAAGGAAACGUCAACGAUGGGAGAGGACUUGCUGAAGGUCGGCAAAUUGAAUCUCGUUGAUCUAGCCGGAUCCGAGAAUAUCGGACGGUCUGGCGCUGAGAACAAGCGAGCAAGGGAGGCAGGCAUGAUUAACCAGAGCCUACUCACUCUUGGGAGGGUCAUCAAUGCCCUCGUAGACCGCUCAGCUCACGUUCCAUACCGAGAAUCUAAGCUCACUCGUCUACUGCAAGAUUCACUUGGUGGACACACGAAGACAUGCAUCAUCGCCACCAUUUCUCCUGCACGCUGUAAUAUGGAGGAGACGCUUUCCACCCUUGACUACGCAAUCCGCGCCAAGUCCAUUCGCAACCGCCCGGAGGUCAACCAGCGCAUGACACAGAAUGCGCUGAUCAAGGAAUACGUCGCGCUGAUUGGGUCCCUGAGGGCUAAUGUGCACGCCGCUCGGGAGAAGAAUGGCAUUUAUUUUGCUGAAGAGAGUUGGAAUCAGAUGGCCACUGAGCAGGAGCUUCGGGAGACAGAGAUCCAGGAGGCGCGCAAGCAGAUCGAGAUCUAUGAAGCCCAGCUUAAGAAUGUUAGGGAGGAGUUUGAGCAGAGCAUGAUGUUGUUGAUGAAGAGGGACGAGGAGUUGAAGGAAACGCGCGAGAGGCUGAAGAUCACGGAGGGCGAGUUGGCGGUGAGAGAGACACAGCUAGAGAUGGUGAAGGGCGCCUUGGAAGAGGAGGUUAUCGUCAGGCAGGCGUAUCAGGACAACGAGACUACGCUACACGGUGUGUUGGGUGGCUUGAAGGGGGUUGUCCACGAUAGCGUCAGUCAUGUUGGAGGGCUCCACGCGAAAUUAGAGCGCAAGACCACGGUUCUUGCCUCCAAUAUCAAGGCUGUCUCCGCUCAUAGCGAAAGCCUCACCACCGGAACUCAGACACUGACGCAGCAAUUGGAGGCUUUCGUCGAAGUCUUCAGCCAGCAUUUACAGAAGUUAAAGACUGAUACUGACCAAUUGCACACGAAGGAGUGUGAGGCGCUCUCCCGUAUCUCUGCGCAACUUGACGAGCAAAUGGAGAAGCUUCGCGGCUAUUUACAUAUUGUUCAUAGCAAGGAGGAAAUCUCCAGCGAGGCGCUUGAUAUUCUGCGUACAUCUAUUGAAGAUACCACUGAGGGUAUCAAAGCCAGCUUCAGUGCAUGGUCAGUAGAUUUGCGGAAACACUGCGAAUCAACAUGCAAAGCGGUCGAGGCCUCCAUUAUCAGCAGUUGUGCACUUAUCGAGGUAGCCUUCAAGGAACUGAGCAGUAUCAAUGAGGCAAUAGUCCAGCAAGCUCAAAGUUAUAUCAACGCGAAGUGUAAAUCGCUGCAAGAAGCCCAAGCCCUGGCAGAUAGUACCAAGGACGCGGAAAUUCUUUAUCUUCGUCAGCAGAACGCACUGCUCACGCGCAUGUUGGAGUCGGAGGAGGUUAAGGCGGAACGUGAUGGAGAUGAGCUGAAGAAGAGAAUCUCCGAACAACUUACCGAUUUCAUCGCAGAGCGCAGCCGCAGCUGGAGAGAGACCUUGUCGGAGAUACCAGAAAGCAAUGCUAUCGCAGAGAAGAAGAUGGUACAGGUAGGUCAAGAGCAAGGCCGGCUACUUGAGGCUGUAUUUGCGCUUGGAAAAGACUGGAGUGCUCAGUUGGAGAAACGGGGUAGCGAGGGAAAGCGGACCAGGGAUGGUGGCUUGAAGACACUCGCCGAUACCAGAACGGUCAUUCGCGAUGGCCUUUCAGAUGUGCAGAAUUCGACCAUGAGUUCCACGGCCGUGUUCUCCAACGACCUGCAGCAGCAGACUCAGAACUUCGGCACCUCUUGCGGUGAGGCGUUUGAACGAGUAUCAAGAGCAAAGCGAGCACGUAUCGAGGCGACAGACACUAUGGCCACCGAGGUGCAUUCUGUGUACCGAUACGUACAGCGUGGCAUGGCUUCAACGUCGCGCAAUAUCGAAGCAGCAUCAGGUCGUAUUAUGUCAGAAAGUAGCAGUCUAUCAGUGGCUAUCGACACAUACAGCACGGCUGCAACAUCUCACAUAGCAGACCUUCGUCAGGCUACGCAGUCUCUGACUGCGGAGGGGAUGAAGGAAGAUCGACCCUCCGGAAUAACGCCUAGGAAACGCAGCUGGAGCUACGUUGACGAGUGGCAACCCACGAAGGGCAGAGACGUUGUCUUGAAGGAAUGGCGACAGCGUGGCGUUACUUCCACAGGCAGCGAGACAUUCAUUGCAGAACAUCUACCGCUACCGGAAGAGGAUAGCAGUGAAGGUCAGAGUUCUGACGACGCCAUGGUCGUCGAUGAGCCUGCUGGGACAAGUAACGGGCGGAGGAUGUCCCCCUUGUCGGACGACUCACCACUACAUGUGAAAUUGUUGUCUUCCUCAGCCCCUUCGACGUUGUCACCGUCGCCGCCCUCGCUUGGCAUGAAAAAGAUUGCAGAUGGAGUUCCAAAGUCCAAGCUACCGUCGACAAUGGGCACCUUAACGGAACGUUCGACCAACGUACUUGCUGCGAGAGGGUCCAGGAGAAUACAUCGAUGA